AUGAGUCAGUCAGUGGUAAACUGUAACAGCAACAAUCAUCACCAUCAACAACAACGACAACAACAACAACAAUCCCAACAUCAAAAUAGCAGGAAUGUAUAUAAUAUUGUUGUCGCACCAGCAUGUUCUGGUCUUACCAAUUAUCCUGCAACUCUUGAUGACGACUUACCCCCUAUAGGAGUUUCUGAUAGUACUUCGAUUACUAAUACUACUGAUGCUACCGUUGCAUUUGAUCGUUCUCGUCAAACACGUGUUAUUGUUGCACCAAAUAUAUCAUCAUCAUCACCAUCAUUAUCAUUAUCAUCAGUAUCAUCGUCAGCAGUAUCAGUAUCAGCAUCAGCUGAUGUUCCACAGCAACAGCCUCAUUCAAGUACCGAAGAACCUUCAUCCAAUCCUGCUUUAUAUGGUACAACAACUUCAUCAUCACCUUAUCUUACUGCACAAGCAGGCUAUCUAUCCAGUCAUUCACCGUCUGUGCUACAUUCAUCUUGUUCAAGUUCAAAUUUUGUUUAUUCAUCCAAUUUCUUCCAACCAUACUAUGGCUUAUCACCGACACUGAAUGAAUUCAAUGUGUUGCAGAUGUGUUGUCAACCAUUGUUUACUGAAAUAGCAUCGCAAGGAACUGAUAUAGCACCUACAGCCGAAUCGUUGUACGGAUUUGCCAAUCGUCUACAUCCGAUUACGCCAACCGUAUUUCUUAUUGAAUCGGAACUAAAACCAAAGAGUUAG